GUCAUGGUUUUAUUUUGCUGUCAAAGGUGGAUAUUCUGGUAAACUUUUAAAAAUUAAUGUGAUGAACAUGAAUAAACAGGGCAAGUUGUACAGCCAGGGUAUGUCACCAGUGGUCAGAACAAUGCCGUGUAAACCACGAUGGGAAAGAAUACGUGAUAGGCCAACUUAUGAGAAUGUCGAUGGUCAGUUUAUUUUGUCAUUUACAUAUCGUUUUGAAUUCAAAGGAGGUGCGACAUACUUUGCAUUCUGUUAUCCAAUGUCAUACACUGAUUACCAAAAUAAAUUUGAGAAAUUAGACGAACACUUUUCUGAUUGCCAACUGUUUACACAUGACAGGCCAGUGGACAGUAUAUACUAUCAUCGUGAGCUACUAUGUCAUACAUUAGAUAAAUUACGUGUUGAUUUAAUCACUGUUACAUCAUGCCAUGGUAUUACUACUGACAGAGAUGAGAGACUGGACAAAUUGUUUCCUGAAAAAGACAAACCAAGAUCCCAUAAAUUCAAGGGCAAAAGGGUAUAUUUCCUGUCUAGUAGAGUUCAUCCAGGUGAAACGCCAGGAAGUUUUGUUUUCAACGGUUUCUUUGAUUUCAUUCUUCGUCCCUAUGAUCCGAGAGCCAAGCAGCUGAGAAAGAUGUUCGUGUUCAAACUGAUACCUAUGCUGAACCCUGAUGGGGUUUCGCGUGGACAUUACCGAACUGAUCAGCGUGGAGUCAAUUUGAACAGGGUCUACCUUGAACCUGAUUUUGAUCGACAUCCUUCAAUUUAUGCUGCAAAAAAAAUAAUUGAAUACCACCAUGUACAUUCCCGACUGGAGAAACCCACUGAUCCAGCUGUUACCAAGAAACCAGAGACGCCAAAACAUUCAAGUCAGAAAGUAUCGCAAAGUGAACUCUGCAACACCAGCGAGCCCAAUGCAAUAAUUGUUAUUCAUAAUAGUGCUGAGGAUACUAGUGCCAAAGAGAGUAGUGACUUAGUUUUAGAGACCAUUCAGGUUUGUGAGAAUGUGACGUCUGAUUCUACAAUGGAAGAUAAGACUGCACAUACAACUGCUGAAAAUAAUCGUGAUGGUGUUUGUGGGGAUGUGAAUCUUCGUUCAGAGUCUUUGUUAUCAGUUAUAAGGAUGUCAGAAGAUAAGGAUGACUCUGGUGCAUCCGAUGGGGAGGCGACUGAAAGUGAUUUAUGCAAAGAGGUUAACAACGUGAGUUUAACAGUCAAGGAAGAUGCUGAGAAAAGUCCUCUUUCACCAAAGCUUCAAUCGGAGAGCUCUGAAAUGAAAAAAGAAGAGGAGCUGGAAAAAAUUCCAUGGAAUGAAAGUGGCAUUGCUGUUUACAUGGAUCUGCACGGGCAUGCCUCGAAAAGAGGAUGUUUUAUUUACGGAAACUACUUGGAGGACGAUGAACAACAAAUUGAAAACUUAUUAUACCCUAAACUGAUAUCGUUGAACACGGCGCAUUUUGACUUUGCUGGGUGUAAUUUUACAGAAAAGAACAUGUAUACCAAAGAUAGGAGAGAUGGAAUGUCUAAAGAGGGUAGUGGAAGAGUUGCUGUUUAUAAAACUAUAGGAAUUGUACAUAGUUAUACCUUGGAAUGUAAUUAUAACUCUGGUAGGAUGGUAAACCCUGUAGCACCAGCCACGAUGGAUGAAGGCCGGGCCACACCACCACCAUUAAUAGGAUUUCCACCAAAAUACACACCAGCACAUUUUGAAGAGGUUGGAAGAGCAGUAGCAAUUGCAGCUUUAGAUUAUAAUAAUUGUAAUCCUUGGUCUCGUCUUCCAUUAACCGAACAUACUCAUUUAGAAGGAGUUCGUACAUGGGUCAAUAAAUACUUGCGUAGUGCUAGAGGAGCGCCCUCACUGCCAAGAAGAAUGUCAAGAAUGUCUUCAAAAACAUCUUGUAUUGUGGCAUCAGCGACUGCAUACAACCCACCAAUCAGAGGCAGACUUUUAGCAGAGUUAUCAACAUAUACCCAGACCAGUACAACUACGUCCAUACAUACAACAUCAGCCACAACAUCAUCACCAACAGUUACAACAAGUUCUAAUGUGUCUAAUGGCACAAUGAGAAAUAGAAUUCCAAUUAGACAGUUAGCUCCUGUCCGAGAAACAAGGGCGUCACUAGAGCGACGGAAAAGAGUUAUGCAACAACAGCAACAUUACCAACAUCAACCGCAGCGGUCCUUGUCAACGUCAAGUCUUGCAUCAACGACUAGUACCAUUUCAACUUCAUCUUCAUCACUUGGUAACUAUGGCAACACCAGUAAUCUAGGCAACAGCUUGCCAGUGACACUUUCUAUGACAACAGCUCCUACUGAAAUACCAUGCCGACUAUCAAAGCAGCGUUCGUUCUGAUAGCUCUGCCACUGAAGAUGAAAAACUGUUUAGUAGAGUUACACCUGGUUUACGUAUCAUUCACCCUCAUAAACCAUCAACUCAUCAUCCGUCAAGUGAAAGAAGAUCAGUAUUUGAUCCACCAGGAUCGGAUCCACCCAAAAGAAGAUACAAAAAAAUAUCUGGUACAAAGAGACGCAGCGCCUCCUACAGUCCAAGUGGUAAAAAUCAUAACCGAAAAGGCAGUGGUACUGAUAGUGAUAUGGAAAAAAAGAGGAAGGUUCGUGGCAGGAAAGCCAGUAAAGGUUCAUCAGGAUUCAGCAUCGUCACAUCUAAUUCUG